AUGCCGGCCACGGAUGAGGAGGAGCGGGCACUUGUGAUCCCUCACAUUUAUACUAGGUCUGAAGCCUAUGCAAUGGAAUACUUUGAUCAGUUUUGGCCACUUAUCAGAUCUGACCUUCCCCAAAGGAGGGUUGCAGACGGGCCCAAAGUUAAGUUCUGGGAAAAUUCACAACCAGACGGAACGUCUGCAAAAUGGUUUGGUUCAGAAACCAGCACACCUGAGGCACACGAGUCCCUUGGAGAACCUUCCCCCACACGGGGAUGUCUCCCCGCGCCCUCCCCUCAGCCCCAGCCCGGCCCCGCCCGGCGCCCGCCCGCACUCCCGGCGCGACCCAGGCUGAGGCUGCAGGGCCGCUCGGGAGCGCUCGGAACCGCUCGGGAGCGCUCGGAACCGCUCGGGAGCACUCGGAACCGCCGGGAGCACCGUCCGGAGCCGCUCGGACCCGCUCGGAAGCGCUCGGGCCGUUGCCAGGGCCUGCGUUCCGCGUCCCUGUGUCUGGAACGCCCCAGGCCUUCCGCCGUCAGGGCGCGCUGCUCCCGUGGCUCUGCUCCCUCCUCCGCUGCUCAUGGCAAUGAAGGCGCUUUUGCUCCUGCUCCCGCAGCUGCUCAGCUGCUGCCUGCGCGGCUCGGGGGGCUCCUCUCCAGGGAGCGUACCAGAAGGGCUUUGCCACGAGUUCCUCGAGGAGCCAGAGUCGACAAUGGCGCGGCAAAAAGCACAGGAGCACAGGUGGCUUUCCAGAAAAGCACCUGUUCUUCGCUGUCUGUGCGGAUUCACAGGCCUAGAGUCCACGUCCCUAUCUUGCGCUUAAAAAGGAAGCAUGCUUUUUUCUUUGUUGCCGACGUGGAAGUAAACUGCCCGGGUGAAAUGCCUCUCAAGCCCCUGUGGCAAAUCUACCCUGUUCCAGACACAGAAACCAUUCCAGACUGGAGCAAGCCAAUGAACUUGCCUUUACUGUUUACAGAAGCGAUGCACCUAACUGUUCCCGGCUAUACUUUAGAUUACGGGCUGUAUCUGAUUAAUUUUACUGUCACCGCAACCCCAAAUAUGUCCGCACCGAUUCUCAUGGGCUCAGAUAAAGUUUAUGUUAAGAUUGAGAGAAGCAAUCUAGAAGCAAAUAUUGCAGGAGGCACGUUCCGCAGAGUCGGCUUUUCUGAUAAUUGGACUCUUGAUGGCUCCGCAUCCCUCGAUCCUGAUUCAGAGGAAGGACUCAAGGGAAUCACAUUUACUUGGUACUGCACUAAAGAGGUGUCAGACUAUGAAACCAUGCAACUCAGCCCUGGGAAGAAAUGCCACGAGGCCCAGAGUGACUUGAAAUGGUUAACACCCUCAGGCCCAGUUCAAGUGAUGCCACCCGAGUCCCUCCCAGGAAACACCGUGUACUAUUUCCGCCUCGUGAUUGAGAAGGAUGAAAGGAGCAGUUAUGCUGACCAAACUGUAACAGUGCAGCCUGGCUCACCACUCCUUCUGGAUGUGGUGUGCAUUGAAAACUGUGGUAAAGCCCUCAUUCCAACAGAGAGAUUUAUAUUGUCUGGAAAAUGCCUGAACUGUAGAGCACACAGUCACCCAGCCUUCUACUGGUCCCUUCUCUCAGAUGACUUGACCGAAAUUACCUUUGACUGGUCUUCCAGAACCUCCACAGGGAGGUUUGGGGCCUACCUGUCUAUCCGUGCUCUCACCUUCACAAAGACUACACAUGGAUCCUACACGCUGCUGUUAAAAGUCACCACACGGGAUGGCAGGUCCGCAACCUACAGACAUGCAUUUACGGGGACUUCACCUCCUAGGGCUGGCCGGUGUAGCAUCAACCCAAAGAAGGGUACAGCCUUUCUGACAAAAUUUGUGGUCCAGUGCAGUGGGUUUUCUGACAGCAAUUUACCCCUGAUGUAUAAAGUGAUUGUAGCUUCCAACGUGCCCAAAACCACCAAAGUAACUUCUGUGGAGGAAAAUACAUUUGGUGCCAUUUUGUACUUCGAUUACGAACCUAAAACUCCUCCGUCUUUUCUCCCAGCUGCAGCACCCUCUCAGAAGGACACCUUGACACUUUACGUUCAAGUCCACAACUCCCUUGGGGUCUUUACCCAAGUGACUUUAUAUGUCCAUGUAAAGAACCCAGCUAAGGGUCGAGCACCAGCUGAAGUGCUCCGUCAGCUGCUGAGCUCUGUGAGUGGUUUAAACGCGCCAAUGGCAACUUAUCUCCAGAGUAAAGAUUAUUUUGGUGCAAGUUAUCUGGGUUACUUGGCAGCCUCCAUCUUAAACUACAUUAAAGCUGAACCAACUCUCAUGCACUCUAAGACUCAGCUUCGGGAAACCCUGAUUGAAACAGCCCUGAAUGUUUCCAUGGAGAGCACAAGGGAAAUCAACCAAGUAGUUGCCUCUCUUUCUCUGGUCACAGAGAAAGCUGCUGAAUUGAACAGCAGAUCACAAGACCUUGCCAUUAAGAAACUGGCAGAAGCAACUAAACUGCUCAAAAAUAAUGAGCCCCAUUGGUCUGAGGAAGCUGAAAUUCAGAGCAGUGGAAUAUUAAGGUCCUUGUCCAACAUCCUGAGAGCUGCUCUUCUGCCUCAUGAGAAUGUCAAAGCGAGUCGAGUUAAAGACGUUGUCUCCAUCAUGGAAAAUGUCGUGGAGGGAGUUUUCCAGGGCAAAGUCCCGGGAGAAACAGACACUCAUGUGGAAACUAAGAACUGGAAUAUCACGCUGAAGAAAGAAGAAAGCCGGAACAUUGCAGAUUCUUUCUCUACCAAAGACACCUGCAAGAACUGCUUUUAUCCAUCACUGAAGAAGGGGGGUGUUUCGGGAGUGCCCGAGGAUGCCGUGAUUUCCACUGCUGUUUAUGAGUUUGACGAAAACCCCUUCCCUUGGUUAUUAGGUUCCACGUCAGAAAUCGGAACAACGGUCUUGGGGUUCAAAAUGGCAGAGACCAAGGCCAAUGGGGAGCUACAAGGGAUCAUGCCUGAAGGAGCAGAAAUUACUAUUGCUAGGAAAGACACGCAGUUUUCAACUUUUCAGCUAGCAAUGGGACCCAAUAAAAACCAAACUUCCACAACUGGAGAAUUUACUGUAGAAGUCAACAGAAAUGCCAAGCGCAUGUACUUCCAGAUCCUGACCAAAUUAAAAGCUGCCUUCAAGGUGCUGAUCUUUAAGGGCACCAACGUCACUCACACUCAUCCCAUAGCCUCCUUUGAAGCUUUUCACAACAUGCCAACAGUUGCAAACAAAAAUGAGACAGAGGUCAAUGACUGUAACAUUAAGACUCCCUACAUUGUCUGUCUCCCAGAGACCGUGCUGACAGACGCAGCUCAAGGAAUCACCACAGACACGUAUAACAUCUCCAUUGUCCUGGAGGCACCCUCUGUCGUAAGGCAUAAGACCAAGAAACUGGUGACCAUUCAUGUUUUUAGUGAUCAGUGCGUGUUUCUGGAUGGGAUUGAAAGUACCUGGAGAGAAGACACAUGCAGGCUUGGCUCCUUGACCGACUCACAGAGGGUCCACUGCGUUUGCGAUAUGAAGCAGACUGAGUUCAAUGACACUGCCCCAGAUGGAUCCACGUUCAGCAUCAGGUUCCUGGCAGCCAAAAUACUUGUUACUCCCAGAAGAGUAGAUCUGAGGAAAACCCUGACAGCACACAUACAUCAAAAACCAAUGGGGGCCGUCGCCACGCGUGCCGUGCGUCGCGCUGCUUUCCCCUUCGGUCCAGAAAAACACACGGGGCUUGUGGCAAAAAGGGAGCGUACCAGAAGGGCUUUGCCACGAGUUCCUCGAGGAGCCAGAGUCGACAAUGGCGCGGCAAAAAGCACAGGAGCACAGGUGGCUUUCCAGAAAAGCACCUGUUCUUCGCUGUCUGUGCGGAUUCACAGGCCUAGAGUCCACAUCCCUAUCUUGCGCUUAAAAAGGAAGCAAGCUUUUUUCUUCUUUGCUGAUGUAGAAGUAAACUGCCCAGGUGAAAUGCCUCUCAAGCCCCUGUGGCGAAUCUACCCUGUUCCAAACACACAAACCAUUCCAGACUGGAGCAAGCCAAUGAACUUUUCUUUAAUAUUCAGUACAGAUACAACGCACCUAACUGUUCCCGGCUAUACUUUAGAUUACGGGCUGUAUCUGAUUAAUUUUACUGUCACCGCAACCCCAAAUAUGUCCGCACCGAUUCUCAUGGGCUCAGAUAAAGUUUAUGUUAAGAUUGAGAGAAGUGAUCUAGAAGCAAAUAUUGCAGGAGGCACGUUCCGCAGAGUCGGCUUUUCUGAUAAUUGGACUCUUGAUGGCUCCGCAUCCCUCGAUCCUGAUUCAGAGGAAGGACUCAAGGGAAUCACAUUUACUUGGUACUGCACUAAAGAGGUGUCAGACUAUGAAACCAUGCAACUCAGCCCUGGGAAGAAAUGCCAUGAGGCCCAGAGCGACUUGAAAUGGUUAACACCCUCAGGCCCAGUUCAAGUGAUGCCACCCGAGUCCCUCCCAGGAAACACCGUGUACUAUUUCCGCCUCGUGAUUGAGAAGGAUGAAAGGAGCAGUUAUGCUGACCAAACUGUAACAGUGCAGCCUGGCUCACCACUCCUUCUGGAUGUGGUGUGCAUUGAAAACUGUGAAUUUGUGGUCCAGUGCAGUGGGUUUUCUGACAGCAAUUUACCCCUGAUGUAUAAAGUGAUUGUAGCUUCCAACGUGCCCAAAACCACCAAAGUAACUUCUGUGGAGGAAAAUACAUUUGGUGCCAUUUUGUACUUCGAUUACGAACCUAAAACUCCUCCGUCUUUUCUCCCAGCUGCAGCACCCUCUCAGAAGGACACCUUGACACUUUACGUUCAAGUCCACAACUCCCUUGGGGUCUUUACCCAAGUGACUUUAUAUGUCCAUGUAAAGAACCCAGCUAAGGGUCGAGCACCAGCUGAAGUGCUCCGUCAGCUGCUGAGCUCUGUGAGUGGUUUAAACGCGCCAAUGGCAACUUAUCUCCAGAGUAAAGAUUAUUUUGGUGCAAGUUAUCUGGGUUACUUGGCAGCCUCCAUCUUAAACUACAUUAAAGCUGAACCAACUCUCAUGCACUCUAAGACUCAGCUUCGGGAAACCCUGAUUGAAACAGCCCUGAAUGUUUCCAUGGAGAGCACAAUGGAAAUCAACCAAGUAGUUGCCUCUCUUUCUCUGGCCACAGAGGAAGCUGCUGAAUUGAACAGCAGAUCACAAGACCUUGCCAUUAAGAAACUGGCAGAAGCAACUAAACUGCUCAAAAAUAAUGAGCCCCAUUGGUCUGAGGAAGCUGAAAUUCAGAGCAGUGGAAUAUUAAGGUCCUUGUCCAACAUCCUGAGAGCUGCUCUUCUGCCUCAUGAGAAUGUCAAAGCAAGUCGAGUUAAAGACGUUGUCUCCAUCAUGGAAAAUGUAACGGAUGUAGUUUUCCAGGGCAAAGUCCCGGGAGAAACAGACACUCAUGUGGAAACAAAGAACUGGACUAUCACGCUGAAGAAAGAAGAAAGCCAGAACAUUGCAGAUUCUUUCUCUACCAAAGACACCUGCAAGAACUGCUUUUAUCCAUCACUGAAGAAGGGGGGUGUUUCGGGAGUGCCCGAGGAUGCCGUGAUUUCCACUGCUGUUUAUGAGUUUGACGAAAACCCCUUCCCUUGGUUAGGUUCCACGUCAGAAAUUGGAACAACGGUCUUGGGGUUCAAAAUGGCAGAGACCAAAGCCAAUGGGGAGCUACAAGGGAUCAUGCCUGAAGGAGCAGAAAUUACUAUUGCUAGGAAAGACACGCAGUUUUCAACUUUUCAGCUAGCAAUGGGACCCAACAAAAAACAAACUUCUACAACUGGAGGAUUUACUGUAGAAGUCAACAGAAAUACCAAGCGCAUGUACUUCCAGAUCCUGACCAAAUUAAAAGUUGCCUUCAAGGUGCUGAUCUUUAAGGGCACCAACGUCACUCACACUCAUCCCAUAGCCUCCUUUGAUGCUUUUCACAACAUGCCAACAGUUCCAAGCAAAAAUGAGACAGCAAUCAUUGACUGUAACGUUAAGACUCCCUACAUUGUCUGUCUCCCACAGACCGUGCUGACAGACGCAGCUCAAGGAAUCACAACAGACACGUAUAACAUCUCCAUUGUCCUGGAGGCACCCUCUGUCGUAAGGCAUAAGACCCACGAUCUGGUGAGCAUUAAUGUUUUUAGUGAUCAGUGCGUGUUUCUGGAUGGGAUUGAAAGUACCUGGAGAGAAGACACAUGCAGGCUUGGCUCCUUGACCGACUGGCAGAGGGUACACUGCAUUUGUGAUAUGAAGCAGACUGAGUUCAACUACACUGCCCCAGAUGGAUCCACGUUCAGCAUCAGGUUCUUGGCAGCCAAAGUUCUCGUUACUCCCAACAGAGUAGAUCUGGGAAAAACCCUGAUAGCAGACAUACCUGAAAACCCAGUGACACUCCUCACGGUGCUCUUCAUUUUGGCCCUCUACUCCCUUUUGUCCCUCUGGGCCAUGAGAAAAGACAAGGCUGACAGGGAGGGCAAAAACAGGAUUAUCGUUCUGCCAGACAACGACCCCUUUGACAAGCUGAGCUUUUUGGUCACUUUAUACACAGGCAGUCGCUGGGGAGCUGGAACCACAGCGGAUGUCUUUCUUCAGCUCACUGGCCAGAGAGGAACCAGUAACGUCCAUUGUUUACGGCACCCAUGUUGUCAGUCUUUCCAACAAGGAAGCAUUGAUUGCUUUCUGUUAACAACUAAAAUGGACCUGGGAGACAUUUGCUCCUUCAGGGUCUGGCACAAUAACAAGGGCCCAUCUCCAAGUUGGUUCUUGAGCAGAGCCAAAGUUGAGAAUAUGUCCACCGGGAAGACCUGGUUCUUCAUGUGCAGGAAAUGGCUCUCUCUCGAGAAGAGUGAUCACCUACUAGAAAGGACAUUUUCCGUCACCAACCUCAAGACACCUCUGCCCAGAAUUGACUUUUUUUUAAUUGAUCUUGCCAACAGCCUGGCAGCAAGCCAUACGUGGCUCUCCAUUUUUGCUAACGUUGUCAUUGGCCCUUUCAGCAGACUCCAGAGGUUGUCUUCUUGUUUAGCAGUAUUAUUAUUAAGCUUGUUUCUUAACAUUAUCUUCUUUAAUGCUGGCAACAUAGAAGACUCUCCAACACACUUGACGUAUCUGAGACCAAUUGCUGUAGGGAUUGAGUGUGCGUUUCUUACCAUACCUGUGGAAGCAAUUAUACUUGCCUUAUUUAAGUAUUCCCCAAAGGAACCUUCUUCUCAUGGUGUGGCUCAGACGGACCAGAAGUUAAGUUCACCAUCUGGGAAGUUCCUGUCUGGAAAACUUCAGAACCUGAAGGAACGUCUGCAAAAACGGUACCGUUCGGAAACUUCAGCACAACUGAGGAACAUUAGUCCACUGGAGAACCUUCCUGGUCCCAGCAACUCACAGAGCCCACCAUGUUCUGGAAAGACAGGUCCCCAAAACAGGAACAACUGCACAAUUUCUGAAAAAGAUGCAAAUAUAAUUGGAAGAGAGGAGCAGGCGACAACCGCAAAUUCCCCUCCGAUGUCUGAGGCCUGCCAGAGAAGGCCACCGUCAAACUCUGGUUUUAGUAGUAACUAUGCAGAAGUAGAGGGCAACUUGCAGAAGGAGAGGAAACCACUAAGCAUUACUUCCCCACCCUCUCACAAGAGACAGCACAGAGUUUUGUGGUGGUGUUCCGCCUACCUCUCGUGGGCACUAAUUAUAGUUGUCACUGGGGUAUCAUCAUUCUUCAUUGUGCUCUAUGGUUUGUCUUACGGCUAUCAGACUUCACUAGAGUGGCUUUUAGCAUCUGCAGCCGCCUUUAUUAAGAAAGUGCUUUUCUUCCCAGUUCUAAAAAGCAGUCUUUUCACAGCCUUCAGGACAGUCUCUCCAAAAUACUGCGAAAACAUAAUGUGGUUAAGUCCGCAAAAGCAUCCUGAGAUGAAGCUGGCUAAAGACACAAUGAGUGCUGACAAGAUAAGAGAGAUGCACAUGAAACUUGCUAAAAUCAGAGGCACCAAGCAGUAUAAGCCUUUGGAAGCUGAUGAAAUUGCAAAGAUGCUGAAAAGGGCAAAAAUUAAAGCCAAAGCAUUUACUUGCACCAUAGGUUUCAUCAGUCACCUUGUCUUUUUAACACUGCUCUUAAAUUCUGCCUGUUCCAGUGAGAACACCAACAGCUUCCUCUACAACCGGUUCAUCCACAGCCAAGUCUCUCCACGACUCUCCAGCGUAGAGAAGCUAGACCACAUCUAUGUGUGGGUGAAAGAUGUGCUCUUGCCUUUGAUCCACAAUGAAAUUCAGCCAACCUUUCUUCCUGACAGCUGGUCCAAAAUCAUUGGCUUGCCUAGGAUGAGGCAAGUGCGAGCCAAAGGUACGGAGAAAAAAUGUUUCCAUCCUUACAGCUUUUUAAAUAACUUUGUGAUCAGUAAAAGCCACUGUCUGCACAAGUAUGGCAGUGAUAUCCCAGAGGAAGGUGACUACGCUGGCACUUGGACAAAGCUUGCCAACCAGUCAGUUCCCAAGGACAACAGCAGUUACAGCGGGUUCACGUACCAGCCAAACAGGACUCCAUGGACGUAUCCUUCACAUGGAGAUUUGCACACAUACGGACCAGAAGGAUACACAUUUUACUUUUUCCCUGAAGAAGGAAGUCCUAAUUCGACAACGAGGCUGGAUGCUCUACAGCAGAGCAACUGGCUUGAUGACAAGACAUGGGCUGUGAUCAUGGAACUAACAACAUUUAACUGUGAUGCAGAGCUCUUUUGCACAAUCUCAGUCAUAUUUGAAAUGUCUCACUUUGGGAUCUUAAAACCAAGUCUGGCAGUACACUCUUUUGCACUGCCCAUUUUUCACCAGCAAACUAGAGCUCAAAUGGCUGUGUUUGUCAUUGUUGUUGCCUUUCUGUUAAUUUACAUUGCAGAGGAGCUGCACACCAUCAGCCAAGAGAAAAAAGAUUACGUGAAGAACAUUUCCAAUAUCAUCAGCUUUGGCUUUAAAGCAGUAUUCCUCCUGGCUGUUUGUUUAAAGGUCAUGAAGUUUAAGGUUGGAGCAGAUAUAGUGAAGUUUUACUUACUUCACCCAAAUGAUUUCAUUCCUUUCCACGCCGUUUCUCAUUUGGACCAGAUUUUACGGAUUACUAUGGGCUUUUUAGUAUUUCUUGUCAUUUUGAGAACUCUAAAAUAUGCCAGGUUCCUUCAUAAUGUGCGCCUGGCGCAAAGAUCCCUCUUGGCAGCCCUUCCCGCCAUCUCCUCCAUGGCCCUGGUGCUGGUGGUGCACAUUUUUGUGUUUACAGCUUCUGGCUACCUUGCCUUUGGGCAGCAUGAGUGGAAUUACAGUAACAUGAUUCGCUCAGCUCAGACCAUCUUCUCCUUCUGCAUCUCAGCUUUCAGAGAUACUGCCUUUUCAUCCAACAGGCUGCUGGGUAGUCUCUUCCUAGCCUCCUUCACGGUGGGGAUGCUCUGUGUCCUGAUCAAUCUCUUCCGUGCUCUUGUGGUGUCUGCCUAUAGAGACACGAAAUGGCGCAACUAUAAGGAAACAUCUGAUGAAUCAAAAAUUGUUGCUUUUGUAUUUCAAAGGCUCAAGCAGGUGUUUUACCCUCUGACCUGCAAAAAAUCCAAAACCAUUUGGCCUGGCUUUUUUGCCAGGGUACUCAAUAGGCAGCCUGAGAGAAGACCUCAGCAACAUUUGGGGCUCAAGACCAGAAAAAUAAAUGGGAGAAAAAUGGUUUAUCUUGUCAUAUGA